UCACCCUCUCCUAUACGAGUUUUUCUAGAACCCUUAAAUCGAAUUGGGGAAGCAGAAUCGAAAAUCAGAGGGUAAGAAGGCUUUGGCCUUUGAAAGAGAAGGGACGAUGUGGUUAGCAGGGUUGGUGAAGAACAACAUAAAUGGAGGGAAUGCCAGCGUUUGUGGGAGUCUGUUGGUCCGAUACAUGUCGAGGAGUAGGGCAGUAAAUGUGAGAAAGAUUAACCCAAAGGUACCUAUUCAAGAAGCUAAAUCCAUUGCCGGUUCCCUUUAUGAUCUCAUCAAGCAACGUGGCCCUCUCACCGUUCCCAACACUUGGAACGCCUCCCAGGAAGCUGGUAUUGGUGGAUUAAACAGCAAAACACACAUGAAGAUAAUGCUGAAAUGGAUGAGGGGAAGAAAAUUGUUAAAACUGUUCUGCAACAAAGUCGGUUCUAACAAGAAAUUUCUGCACUGUACACUGCCUGAAGAACCUCGAACCGACCAAUUAGAAAGCCUUCCGGAGCCUGAACUGCAAACCAAGAAGCCUUCCGCUAAGAGAAAGAAGAAAACUAAAAAAUAAUUUAUCCUGGAGGAAACUAAGAACCUCAACUAGGAAGUUGUUUCAAGUUCGGCUGAUUUGUGAAGAUAGUUAUAUCCAUCCCGUAUGCCAACACUUGAUGCUUAAUAAGAGUGGUCCACUAGCCGUUGGUGCAGGGGUAUAUGAUUUACGUUUUAGUCUUUGUUGAGAUCAGGCUUCGGAUUCUUAUCCGUAUAUCUUUCUCCUCUACCUCUUGUAAAUAAGGGAAUGAUAUCAGUGUGGAUUGAUUUGGCUAAACACUUGGAGUAGCUUUGCUUCAAGUCCAUACUUUUCACCAAUUAGGAUUGAGGAACCCUUAAAUAGGGAAAAGUUUAAUACAUAGGUUGAUCUUAAUUUCAACAAUUGUUACCUGCGAUGCAUAUUGAUAGAAAAUGAUGCGUACUCAACUCGGGGAAACACAAGACUGAGUCACAAGAAUGCAUGAUUAAAGCGCCAUUGGCCUUUUCU